AUGAGAUUCAUUGCCACUUUAUUAGUUUUCCUUGCCGUUUUAUUUGUUGUUAGAUCCGAAGAUGCUAUUAAACUUGUCAGAUAUUGUUCACCAGACAAAGCUGCUCUUGUAGAUGCUGCACUCCCAACCUCUGAUCCAUCAAACUGCCCAGCUGCUAAUGGUAAAACUGUUGAAAUUGGUGUCGGAUCUUGCCAAACCUAUACCGAUAUUUGCCAACCAAUUGUUAAAGGUCAAGCUAAAGUUACAGCUUUAGCAGAUUCCAAAUUUAAAGUUGAUCUUUUCAACUCUGGUUGUGAAACUGAAGGUUCCACACCAAUUUCAACCCAAGAAGUCGAAUGUAGUAAAUGUUACCAACUUACUGUUAAUGAUAUGUCAUUAGGUUACUUCUCAGUUGAAUGCCCAGCUGCUUCAUCAGCAUCAGAACCAGCCAGUGAAAGUACUUCAUCAUCAUCAUCAACUAUUGUUGCCUCAGCUGCUCUCGCUUUAGGUUCAAUCGCUGCUGCUUUAUUAUAA